AGGUCUUCGAGUUUUUUCUCAUUAUCAAAACACCCGACGAACAAGAACCCUAGAAUUCGCCUCCUCUUUUUCCAAAUUCCCAAAAAAAUAAAAAAAUUUGAUGACGGGAUUGUAAUUUCCCCAAUGUCCGCUCUAUCUUACAAUCUCUGUUAGAUUUCAUCACAAAAAGGUCACUCUCUCUCCGUUCCAUUGCCUCUCGAUUUCGCUUUUUCGAAAAGGGUUUCACAAAUCUGAGGAAGUUUGAAGCCAAUUUGGUUUAUAAUCAGCUCACAUAAGCUAAGAUGUCGUCAUCACCUUUUCCAAUCUUGGACAACCGACCAAUUGAUAAGUGGAAGGUUACGGAAUUGAAAGAAGAGCUUAAACGACGGAGACUAACUACAAGAGGCUUGAAGGAGGAAUUGGUUAGGCGUCUAGAUGAAGCUCUUCGUGUUGAGCAAGAAGAGUCUGAGAGAAUCAACAGUGCUGCUGUUGCUGCUGCUGAACAAGCCAAUCAAGAGGCUCAGAUGUUUUCUUUUACUGGAGGCGACGGCGACGUUACACCUGAUCGAAACCAAUCCACUCCUGUUGCUCCAGAUGCAGCGGCAUUCAGCACUGAGACUACUCCAGUUACAGCCGAAAAAACCCCAGAACCAACUGAGAUCAAGACAACAGUUGAAGCUUCAGCUCCGGUUGAGACUACUCAACCCCCUGUGUUUUCAGAACCAGAGGUUAAUGCAGUGCCAUUCGCUAGUGAAGAAGAUGAAAAAGUUGAUGAUGUUAGAGGAGACAUAUCUGGUCUUGAUGAUAGUUCAGUGUUUGCACGUCAUGCACCAGUUGUGGCAGAGGCGCCUAGUGAGCAAAUUGUUCACAGAUCUGAUAAUAAGGAACCAUCUAGUGGUUUGGAUGGUGGUGCGGAUAAUAAGGCUCAACCAACAGAGGCUGUGCUUGAAAAAUCUGCUAUGUACAACCAGGUAUCUGAGGUCAUCCCCGUUACAGGGUUUGAGGUAAAAUCUGAUUGUAUUUCUACUGAUUCUGUGUCAAAUAAUGAAAAAAUAGAACUAAAGGAUAACAAAAUUGCUGAUAAUGUCAAAUUAGACCAAAAUGUUAGUAAGUCUCAAGAACCAUCAAAUGUCGUUGGCGAAUCGCAUCCAAUGGAUGUUGAGGCGCCACUUGAGCAGAAGAUAUCUGUUGGAGGUGGAGAUGACAGCAAUGCUGCAAACACAGAUAUGACCAAAGAAAAUAACAUUAUCGAUGCAGGCGACUCAGAAAAGUUGAAUUUAGAUAGAAGUUCUGGUGAUGAGUCUAUGGAGGAUGAGCCAGAGACUAAGCAAACUGAGCCGAUUACAUCUGAUGAUAAGAGUGAGAAAAUUGAAAUGCUUUCUAAGGGGGAAAGCCGUGCUGAUAUAGAUGCUAGGAAAGGGAAAGCCCUUGGAAAUAAAAGCCAUCCACUGGUGACUUCUGAUAAGAGAAAGCUCCCUGCUAAUGAUCAAGAAACUGUUGGAAACAAUGAGCCUGCAAAGAGGCGCCGAUGGAACUCUGAGAGUAUUAAAAUUCCUGAAGUACAGGCCACAAAUAGCGCUGCACCCACUACAACACCAAGGUUGACUGGUCUGAAGCGUGACUUCUCAGGAUCUGACUCUUCGGCUAGUGAGGAUGGACCCAAGGAACGUGUGGUUCCUCCAUCUCCCAAGGAGCCUACAAAUUCCCUCAGGAUUGAUCGUUUCCUAAGGCCGUUCACACUGAAAGCUGUUCAGGAGCUUCUGGGUAAAACCGGAAACGUCACUAGUUUCUGGAUGGACCAAAUUAAGACCCAUUGCUAUGUAUCAUAUUCCUCUGUUGAAGAAGCUGCAGCAACAAGACAAGCCGUGUAUAACCUACAAUGGCCACCUAAUGGAGGCCGCUUUCUGACAGCUGAAUUUGUUGGGCCAGAAGAAGUGAAAGCAAAACUGGAAGCUCCUCUGCCUCCUCCUCCUCCUCAGGCUCAACAUCAGCCACAGGCUCAAGGUCCUUCACGGCCACCUCCAACAGCUCUUCCACCGCCGCCACCUCUGGCCAAACCACCUCAGAUCGUAGAACGUCUUCCUCCACCUCCUCCUCUAGUCUCUGAGGAACAAGAACCUCCCAUUGUCACUCUUGAUGAUCUUUUCAAGAAGACAAAAGCAAUCCCCAGGAUAUAUUACUUGCCCUUGUCAGAGGAGCAAGUUGCAGCUAAACUUGCAGCUAAUAAUAACAAGUGAUCUUGCUGGUUUGAGGGAUUUGAGAUCAUUAUUUUCGUAGCAGGCUCUUAGGAUUUUAGCUCAGUGCGGACAAAAGUUGAGGACUUUGUUGAGUUUGGUUUGUUAUUUUUACUGUAGAACGCAGGAGAAGACUCUUAUGUUUGUUUAGUAGACUUUGGUUUGAACUUUGAACCUUCGAUGAACGAACAGGGUUGCUUGGCACUGUGUUGUGGACCUCUUCUUCUCCAUUUUUUGUUUUUUAACCUUAA